AUGGCGAAGUGCUGGAGCUGGUUGCUCAUUUUCUGGUCCCUGACCGCCGCCGUCGCGCCUGUUAUACCGGCAAGCAACCUUGGUCUCGCGUUUGCCCCGUCGACCUCGCCCUUCUCAGCGAAGGGAACGCAAACAAUUGUCGCAAUUCCGAAGGAGCAGGGAGUUACUUGCUUACCUCAAGCCGACUCGGCUGCAGAGAAGACUGGCCUCGAGGCAUUGUAUGGCCUGCGCCAGGAUGAUGGUCCAGUUCUCGGCCAGAUGUGGGCGCGACAGAAUCUGACAAGGUCUUCUGCUCAAGCAUCGUUGCUCAUCACUACCGUCACCGUUUUCCGGACUGUCACUGUCGAGCUGGCUGGCCAGACCGAGGUCGUUUUAUCAUCCGUUGAGCAGACAUUGACCUUUAUCAACCCCAUCUUGGUCUUCGAGACCCGUGUCAUCACCGCUCCGCUCUCCAUCGCCCCAAAUGAGCCGACGGAGACGGCUGCAUUCGACAGACUGGCAUUUUCGGCGCCGCAUGGCCAUUCUGCCCGCCACAAGGGUGUCGUCCUCUCGUCGAAGGAGGCGCGCAUUCGACGCCAGACCCCAAAACCCAUCACCGGAGUUUCCACAGUCACCAUCGAGGUCACCACAACUCUGACAAACACCGGCUCCUCCGUCCGUACCGUCGUCGUUCUCAGUCCAAUCUUUGUGUCCGUGACAGAGAACCCAACCGUCACCAGCACCAGACUCAUAACGACCACGCCUUCUAUCGAGACGCGCAUGUCUGGCACGCCCGCUGCAAUAUCGCCCACCCCGCCAGCUUCCCCGAGCACAUCACUCAAGGACCAAGACGAGCCGUUCGUGAGGACUACGUUCUUCACUACCAUAUUUCCCAUCGGCACUACGCUUUCGCCCUCUGCUACUAGAGGCUUUCCUACCUCGACAAGUGUCCUGGGCUUUACAGAUACCAGUACUGGACUCGUAUCUUCAGGAACGUCUGCCACCGCCGGUGUCACCACUUGGUUUACAACAUUCGAGUACAUUGCAACAGCCGCUUCAGAAUCGAAAUCCGGUUCGACGACCACCAUCACAUCCUCGGUUCCAACCACUCUUUCAACCUCAGAACCCGUUUCUGGUCCCGAUCUGGCUCCAUGGACGAUCGCCAUCAUCGUCAUAGCAGUGGUCGGCGCCGUGGUACUUCUUUCUUUCCUUGUAUAUAUCUAUCGAGGACACCGGGUCUUCUUUGGAAAUCGCCGGCAUCGCCAGUUGUCCGAAAGCUACGAGAUGACACCGGCCAUGGCGGGCGCCGCCACAAUGAACCCGUCUGCUUCUUUUUCCGUCAAUCCCGACGGUCAAGGCCAGAUCAUUUCCGGCGAAACCAGCAGCAAGAGCUCGGGCGAGGGUGAGCAGGUCAGAAUUAUCAUCCGACCCGUAGCGAUCCGACCCUUGGCGAUCCGGGGUAGCAGCAGCAACACAGUUUCUCCUCCGACAAGAGUCUGGACUUGCCCAUCAGGCUAUACUGGCCAGGCCUACAGUCUUUCUGCGGAUGGAAGCGGUGAGACGACUCCCCGCGACGCUACCGGUUGGAGUCUUGCAAGCGAGCAAGGAAGCGCGGCUAACCGUGAGGUCUCACGCAGCGGCGGUCUAUAUGAACUUGCAGCUUAA